AAUUCUAGUGUGGAUGAGAUGUCGUAUGUACCAUUUCGAUCGAUGGCACUUGGCGUUGCGAUCCGUCAGUACGGUCACAUUCGGUCGUUUAUUAUGCCUACAUCCACGAGAGAAGCGGUCUCAACGGCAACUCCCGUGUAAAUGAAGAAUAUCGAAGCUUUUGUUCGGAUUUUCACAAGUUUCGCGGGUGACUUUUUGUAUUACGGUUGAUGAUAGACUACUCAUUUAGUUAUUUCCAUCCCAUUCAUGCCGUACUGCUACCAUCGGGUGUUGAUGUAAUACUGUCGUUAACUGUCAGUUCAGAUGGGGGGGGGGCUAUUCGGACAUUUCUGAAAACAUACGUUCCACUGUCAUUUUUCCUCAACAACUCAACCUAUAGCAGUUCUAUAUAUUCUU